AUGGCGAUGUGCGUCUUUCAGUUGAUGCUUCUUCCGUGACGUAUAAUGGACUGGACGGACGCUUCUUCAGGACCAACAAGGCGCCAACUCUUUCGACCACGUCGGUAGCUUGCUAGCCAACAUAAAACUGAAAGAUUGACGCUUUAGACCAUCUUAAUGUACAUGAUCUAAUCUCAGUGGUUUACACACAGUUCUUUUGACGUAUUAACUAGUUAAUAUUUGCAAACUUGUUAAAGAUUGAUGCUGAGCCUAGUACUAGGCUAGUCGCUAAUGCUAGCUAACUAUCUAGCUAACAUCCCUGACCAUGAGUUCAUUAAACUACUCAUCCCUGCUAUAGAAGAGGAGGUCUGCUGUUUGCAGAAAGAAGCUCUGGCAAUGAACAUUGAAGAAGAGGAUGAGGUUACAGUGAAAGAAGAGAAAGAACAUUUCAGAAUGAAAAAGGAGGAAGAUGAGACUGUUAUAGUGAAGGAAGAAGAUGCUGUUAUAGUGGAAGCACAUUUCAGAAUGAAAAAGGAGGAAGAUGAGACUGUUAUAGUGAAGGAAGAAGAUGCUGUUAUAGUGAAAGAACAUUUCAGACUGAAAAAGGAGGAAGAGGAGGCUGUUAUAGUGAUAGAAGAGAAAGAACCGUUUAGAGAGGAAGAGGAUGCUAUCUCAAUAAAGGUGAAGGAGGAAGACGUUUUUGGAGUGAAAGAGGAAGAGACAGAAUAUCAGAUUAACACCAGAGAGAGACAUCACUAUGGUGGAUCCUCUGGGGAGCUUCAACAACAUCCUGAUGCUGACGAGGCAGAGAAGAGUCUCUCCAGAUCAGAACACCAAAUGGACAACACUAGCCCUUCCUCCCUCCCGGAGUCCCCGUGUCGUGCCUCUCCCGGUAGCGCCUUACUGGUGGGUAUGAAGAGGUUGUCUGUGCUGCUGGUGGACUGCAGGAAAACAACAGGGCUGAGUGGAACUGUGGAAGGAGGAGAAGAGAAGAAAGGAUCAGAUUUGACACAUCAAAGAAGCCCAUGUUGAGCCAUCAGUGUUCCCACUAUGGAAGAGGGAGCAGGAAGCCGUCAUCCCUCAGAAAACCAUGUUGAGCCAUCAGUGUUCCCACUAUGGAAGAGGGAGCAGGAAGCCGUCAUCCAGUCUCUCAAGGAAAAAGGUUUGGCGUGAUCAGUGUUGUUGAGCAGAGAAUCAAUCAGGUUGUAUUUGUUUUUAAUUCUGUUUUAUUCAAUUAGAAUAAUUUACUCUGAAUGAGAACAGGCACAUUUGUGAGCUUUAUGCAUUAUAACAUCGAUUGACUAAAUGAUGACGCUGACAGCUUUGUAGUAAAACCAGGGUUGGAGUCAAAUCCAUUUAAUUUCCAGUCAAUUCAGAAAGUUAACCAAAUUCCACAUUUUCCUCAUUGAAAACCAUAGAAGAGAAUUGGAAUUUUCAGUUUACUUCCUGAAUUUACUGGAAUAUUCUAAAAUUGAUUCAAUUGGGAGGUUUUCCUCAUGAAUCUGCACAACAACACCCUAUAAUGACGAAGCAAAAACAGGAUUUUAGAAAUGUUUGCAAAUGCAUUUUAAAAUUAACUGAAAUAUCACAUUUAAAUAAGUAUUCAGAACCUUAACUCAGUGCUUUGUUGAAGCACUUUUGGCAGUGAUUAUAGCCUCAAGCCGCCUUGGGUAUAACACUACAAUCUUGGCACCCCUGUAUUUGUGGAGUUUCUCCCAUUCUUCUUCUUCAUCACCAACAAACUAUCAUGGUCCAAGCACACCAAGACAGUCGUGAAGAGGGAACGGCAAAACCUAUU